UUAGAAGAGACGAAGGAGGAGGAGGAAGAACUAACCUGACGUCAUGUGAGCGAUGACGUCAGGCAGGAACUAGUGGAAGGGAGCCUGAAAAAUCAAGAUGGCGUCCCUCGACAGAAAAGGGAAGAUAUUUCAUAAAAAAUAAAACAUUUUUCACCUUAAUUCUAAUUGCAGCAACACCCGAUCAGAAAUAAAGGCACAAUAGUUAGAACAAGACACGGCAGAUACAGAGUAUCUAAAUGGCUACAAGGAAAUCUGUAUCAGAUGCAUACAACAAUGGACCCAUCAGCUACCUUGAUGAUGUUCCCUUCAAGGUCAAUGAAAAGUUUCGCUGCCCUGCUAAAGUGGGGCUACCUCUCGGCUUUUGCCUUCCAGACUGCAGCUCUCUGUUGGUGGACACACAGUAUGACUUUUCUCUGGAGAAGCGAAGUGUUUGCUGGGGGAUGGAGCUGGCUGAAGCGCAAGCAGCGGAGGGACGAGCAGAAGAGGGCACUGCGGAACAGGAAGCAGAAAAUCAAAAAUGUUUGGCUCAGUCCGAGGACAUUAAUGGCGGUAGAGGGAAGAAACCCCAGUCUGCUGUUGAAGACCAUGACCCUCCCCCACCAGCCAUGAACCCUGUCCUUGCAGGACUCAGCCAUGAUGCAAUACUCACUCCUCUGCCUGCCCCAAGUCUUGGUCCGAGGAAAAUCCAACCUAGCACUCAUCAGUCACAUGGCCUCAACCUUGCUGACUUUGAGCGGGAAGAGGACCCUUUUGACAAGCUCGAGCUUAAAACAUUGGAUGAUAAAGAGGAGCUAAGAAACAUUCUUCAGAGCCAACCUCAACCUGCUUCUUCCAUAUCCCCUCCAGAUGGGUCCCAGCAUGGGCCUGCUUCACGUGGAAACAGCCCAUCUCCUCCCACCAACACCAGCCUUCCUGUGAAACCAGGCUUUGUCCAUAAACCCAAUGGCUUGGUUCCCUUGAUGGAUAUGGACAGAGUUGGACAUCAUGGGAGAUCAAAUUUUGAAGCAGAGGAUCGACCUUGCAACAUUCGCUCCCUGACUUUUCCCAAACUCUCGGAUUCUGGGGAUCCCAAACCAGUAAGAAUCAACCCACGCCUUGCACCCAUACCUGCUCCCCGUCAGAACCUGCCCAAUGGCAGCCCCCCAGUUAUACCCAAAUCCCAGGUUAUUGUUGCCCCUGACCAUCUUAGCUUUAGUAAGAGUGAUGGACCAAAACAGGUAAACUCGGGGUCAGGUUCUGCUGGCUUGCCAUGUGGGGGAGCCUUGCUGAGUAUGACCCCUGGUGAGCGGCAGUGUGUGGAAACCCUUGUGGGCAUGGGUUACUCUUAUGAGGGUGUUCUUCGGGCCAUGCAACGACAAGGGCAGAAUGUGGAGCAGGUACUGGAUUAUCUCUUUGUCCAUGGACGUCUGUGUGAGCGGGGCUUCGAUGCAAGUGCUGUGGAGGAAUGUUUAGAGAUGUACCAAUGCUCAGAAGAAAAGGCAUUACAGUUCCUUGAGCUGAUGUCAAGAUUUGGAGAAAUGGGAUUCGAGCGGGAGGCCAUCAAGGAAGUCCUUCUGGUCCACAACAAUGAUCAGGACAAGGCGCUAGAGGACUUGAUGGCUCGAGCUGCAGCUAGCUGAGCCAAGCCAGUGAAGCAACCGCUGCAGGGCCUGCUUCUUGUUACCACCUCAAACAGCCCCUUUUUUUCUGCCCACCCAAUCACACCAUGCCCUGCAGCAUGUGCUUGCCUUGACUGUGGAAGGGACAACUGAGAGAAGUUUUUUCUCUCUGUGCUAAACUGUAUUGUUUCUCCAACACUUUAAGACAGUGUGCCAAGAGUAACAACACUUCACAGCGAUGUUUCUUUCUAAUAAAUGCUGAGGUGAGGUUCUAGGAACUGGUACUGCAAGGGUACUCACAAAUAGAGAGGAGGACCAAGGAGAAUUGGGCUGUUGGCUUUGAUGCCAUUUAUAUUUGCUUCCACUUGGAAGUGUUGUCCUGACUGCAGGUCAGAAUUUGGAGGUCUACACUCUUGAAACUGAUUAACAGCCAUUUUCCCAUCUUCCACUGCUCAGUUCAGAGCUAGUAAAUGGUGGAAAGGAGAAGGGUUUUUCCUGAAAUUGAACUAAGAAAUAUCACAAGUACUAAAACAGAGGACGAGAGUCAAAGGCACAGUGACCAGACGGAGAAAGAAGUGACUCAAGAAGUGCCCUCUCUGCUCUAGUGCACUUGUACCUUCUCCUCGUUUCAUUUGUGUUUCUCUGUUCAUUUGGGCACUUUUUCAUGUCAGUUUCAAUAUUUCAC